CGUGUGGAAGAAGAAUCGGAAGGAGGAAAAGAACGAACCGGGGAGACGGAAAAAGAAAGAUAAAGAGCAGGGGGCGGGAGAAAGGACGAGAGACAAAGAGAGCGAAUGCGCGCGCGCGACUAGUGAAAGAGAGAGACGUCUAAUUCUCCAUCCGUAGUUGAAUCGGAGGGGGACCGAUGUGCCCCGGAUCGAAGGAGGCGCCAUCGUCAGCGAGCCCGGUUAUGAGGUUAUCGUCGUCAACAUCGCGGACGUGAGAACCCAACAUCGUCGUCGUCAUCGCCGUCGCAGUCGUUGCAUCCUCACGGCGAUGGAGCGCGCGUGAUUCCACGGCGACGAUGCCGCGUAAUGUCGGCGGCUCUUUGCCACGACCGGUCACCAGCUACAGCGCGCGUCACGCUAGUGCCCGCCAGGCACGGUCCCGCGGAACGUCGGCCGCGCCGUUCACGUCGUCGUCGCCGCCGCCGCCGCCGCCGCCGUCGUCGUCGUCGCCGCCACCGCUCCGCAGCGUAUGAUUCAUAAGGAUCGAGCGCGGGGUUGCCCUCAGGGAUAGAAGUCAAAUUUUAUACAUUCGGAGAUGCUAGAAGUCGGUUUGCGAGUUGUCCGCGGCCAGGACUGGAAAUGGGACGAUCAGGAUGGUGGCGAGGGUCACGCCGGAACGAUCGUGGAGAUCGGCAGACCUCCCUCCACGGGGAACUCAACUUCCAGUCCGAAUCCCACCGAUCGAACGCCGGACAAAACGGUCAUCGUUCAGUGGGAUCACGGUGCGAGGAGCAAUUACAGAAUCGGAUACCAGGGUGCUUAUGAUUUAUUGGUGUUCGAUAACGCGGCCGCCGGUGUCAAGCACUCUAAUAUCAUCUGUGACGGUUGCAAGAGGCACGGGAUAAUAGGCAUAAGGUGGAAAUGUACAGAAUGUUUCGACUACGAUCUCUGCACACAGUGCUACAUGGCUGAUGUACACGAGUUGACUCACACCUUCGAGAGAUAUCAGACAGCAAAUUCCAUAGGAGUUCGUUUGGAACCGAGAGAAGGAUGUGCGAAGAUACCUUUGAAGGGUAUCUUUAUAGGAGCAAAAGUCAUUCGCGGACCGGAUUGGGAAUGGGGAAGUCAGGAUGGUGGACGUGGGAAAACUGGUAGAGUCAUGGAUAUACGCGGAUGGGACAACGAGAGCAGUCGAUCCGUUGCUACUGUUACAUGGUCCACGGGCAGCACUAAUGUGUAUCGAUUAGGUUUCAAAGGUUGCGUGGAUCUGUGUUACGUGGAGGAGGCUAAUGCUGGUACUUAUUACAAGGAACACCUUCCGUUACUCGGCCAACCAGUCUUGACCGUACCGGAUAACGGAAACAACACGACUCUAACGAAGAGCGAUGUCGCCAGCGUCACGUCUAGUCCACACCCUCUAACAUUUAAUGUCGGUGACAAGGUGAAAGUGUUAAUGGAGGUCGAUAUGUUAAAGGAGAUGCAGGACGGUCAUGGUGGAUGGAAUCCGCGUAUGGCCGAAUACAUAGGAAAGAUUGGUACGGUGCACCGAAUUACAGAUAAGGGAGAUAUUCGCGUACAGUACGAAGGCUGUCAUAAUAGGUGGACCUUCCACCCGGGUGCUCUGACGAAAGUUACCGCUAAAGAUGCGUUCUCUCUCGGUGAUAUAGUCCGCGUAAAGAGUGAUUUGGCCGCCGUCAAGCAAUAUCAACGUGGCCACGGUGAAUGGAUAGAUGUCAUGAAAAAUGCUCUAGGGAAAACCGGAAAAGUAAUUAAAAUCUAUUCUGACGGUGACUUACGCGUGGCGUUAGACAUACAUGGUCAAACAUGGACAUUUAAUCCUUUGAGUGUGGUUCCGGUAUCUUCUGCCACAAAUGCCACGGCUGUUGCGCACGAUGAUGCAAACAGAAGUAGGGAUCGUUCGGUUGAUGGUACCGAUAGUGAAGUGGAAAAGCUAUUAAGAGACGCGGCUAGAGGCGAAGCUGGGGUAGAUGCGGUACGGGAAUUUCUCAAAAAGUACCCCGGUAGGGUGGAUGCAUGUGCUCCUGGCGGUGGUAGGAAAACGUGCUUGCAAGUAGCCGCGCAUCAAGGUCAACGUGAGCUCUGCACUCUCCUUCUAGACGCUGGUGCUUCUCUACGUGCAAUCGACGAGGAUGGAGAUACACCCUUGCAUUAUGCGGCAUUUGGCAAUCAGCCGGAAAUAAUGGAUCUACUGUUAUCGCGGGGUGCGUCUAUCAAUGCCGUCAAUAACGGUAGAUGUAGCGCUCUACAUGUGGCGGUUAACAAACAGCAUGUGCAUUGCGUGAGGGUGUUGCUGCGAUAUCAUUGCGACGUCAAUCUCCAGGACUCGUACGGCGACACAGCAUUACACGACGCAAUCGGAAAAGAUGCAUUAGACGUGAUCGACGCGUUAUGCUCCUGCGAGAGGGUCGAUUUCACAUUAAGGAACAAACGAGGCUUCAACAUCUUGCAUCACGCCGCCCUCAAAGGCAAUGCUCAUGCAACGGAGAGGUUGGUUGCGCGCGCGCGUCACUUGGUAGACGUGAAAAAGGAGGACGGAUUUGCAGCGUUGCAUCUAGCAGCGUUGAACGGACACAGGGAAGUUGCGGUCAUUCUUCUCUCGCAGAACGGUGGCCGCGCCAAAGUGGACUUACGCAACAAUCGACGGCAAACGCCGUUGCACUUAGCGACCUCGCAGGGACACUGGUCGCUCGUUGAGCUCCUAGUUCAUCACAAUGCGGACAUCGGUAGCACGGACGAAGAUGGUGACUCUGUAUUGCAUAUCGCAAUAGCCAAGAGUCCGAAUCAACAAACUGCCGUGCCUACACCUGAAAGUAGCCGUGAUUCACCGCUUAUAUAUGCUAUAUGGCAGAAUCUGGCGAGACAAGGUGCAAAGACUGAAUUAGCAUUAGCUUGUUUCUUGGUAAGCGUGGAUAGAAGCUGCAAACUUCUUGAACAUGUCAAAAAUAACAAGGACAAGACACCGCUUGAUCUUCUGGAAGGCAAUCCACAGGCCGCUGUGCUUGCUGAUCUCUUACGAUCUUAUAAAUACCAAAGUCACAGCACGCAAUUAGAAAUAGAGAACAAUCCAUCGACCGAUUAUGUAGAGCCUACGUAUCGGAUAGAUAAUGUAUCGCAGUCGGAAGGAUUGCGCGGGACAAAGAAUAUAGUCGGUUCCGGCGAUGCUGCGGAAUGUCGGAAUUGCUCCGGAAUCAUAGGAGAUACAAAACAGGAAAACCGAAUUAAUCCAAGCAGUAGCGUUACACUCGUUGGUUGUGCACGUUGCGGCCAUGCCGUUGUCAAAACGCAAACGAUUCAAGACGGUCAGCUGGCGACAGGCGAGGUUUCCAUAGCCAAUUCGGAUGAAAAAUCGAAAAACGUAUCAUUGGAGGGUAAACGGAAGGAAGAAAUCGGCGACAGGGAGAAGGAAAAAGACAAAGAUCUGGAGCGACUACGUUAUUUGGAAACUAGAGUCGCUGAUCUCGAGGAGGCGAAUAUGUGCAGCAUCUGCAUGGAACGUCGUCGUAACGUCGCCUUUCUUUGUGGGCACGGUGCAUGCGAACUCUGUGCCGCUCCGCUGAAGACCUGUCACAUGUGCCGCAAAACGAUUACAAAGAAAAUCAAUUUAUAUUAGAAGAUCGAUUAUUGAUCACACGUUUAUACGGUACGUUGAUUUACAGCACGUCACGGGAGGAAAGAUAAUGGUAAAACAGCCCUGACGUGUCCAGUUUGGAACAAUUUAGAUUUUACACAGCUUAUAAUGAGAAAUACGCAAAAAUUUCUUUAUUAGCUGUGUUCCUUUCCAGACACUCUGUUUACUCACAUAACGGGGAAUUUUGCCAAUCGCGGUAUUAGCGUAAAAAAAUGAUCAUAACAAAACGUGCGUCACGUUGUGCGUUGAAGAAAUUAAACUGCCAAAAUGUACACCUCUUUUUCGCGAUAAUUUGUAUAAAAGAACGAGAAAUAAAGCUCUCCAUUAUAUUGCACCAAUGUUGUGCCAUAGCGAGACAAGUUGGCGCGCAACGCAAGAAUUACGUUUGCAGACACGAGAUAGUUCGAUUUUACGUUACCUCGUUUUUUUUUCGAUUAGUUAAGUAAUCGAUUAGUAAAAACUAAUACGGAGAUAUCUUGUGUCUCGCGCACGUACACAAAUACGCGCGAUGUACACUGUGUACACUUUCCUCUUCAUGAAUCGGCGUUUUCGCCUGUGCUUUAUCCCGUCCAUUUUUUAAUCAUAUUUAAAGAGAGCGCGGAUAAUGAGCACGAAAGAACGAGCUUCUCAUUUUCAUGUAGGAAACGCGAUCGUGCUUAUGCGACAACAAUCAUAGAAGCUCAUAGAAACGUUCGUACAUAUCGCCACAGUACUGCGGAAAAAAGAACACUUCACAUGUUCGAAAACUUUUAAACUGUGCAAACUUCUGCUGCUUCACACGCAGUAAAAGGGAAGGGGGCACAUUUAGAUUAAUUUUGAAUUGUCUCGAGCUUUGGUUUUUUAUGAUCAAGAAAUUUUUUUAAAUUUUUGCCAAGAAAUCUUUUGUUUAUACAUCGAUCAUUUUGUAAAAUAUUUUGUUGACCCUUUAGCUACAGUACAACUCGAAACGCGACUAAACACGACUAAACGAUUAUGCGAUGAUGACUGAUUUUGCGAUUUUUUAUAUUUUGUUUUUAUUAUCUAUACAUAUAUAACGAAGAGAAGAAAUAUAAAAAAAAGUGAUAGUAGCGCUUCGUUCUAAAUAAUCGUUUAAAAAGAAAUCAUUAUAGAGAUACGUAACAGCUGAAGGGUUAAUAAUAUAUACUAUUUCGCAAAGCUAGAUAUUUAAUGCGGAUUUAAAAAAAUAUCGCAAUGAAAUGUUUUCAGUGUAGCAAACAUUCCGAGAAAAAUGACGAAAGUAUUCAUUGAUACCUACUGUGAGAAUCUGAUGUAGCAUGCGUUUAAAUGUAUCCCCCUUUUCUCCAUCACAUUUACAUCAUCCGAUGAACGUUUUGCGUAAUAAAUAAGGGACAAAUCCCACGCUAAAAGGAGACAUCCAGUCUUAUAGCCAAAUUUUCUAGGUAGAAUAAUUAUACUUAUUUGUAUAAAGUGAUUCAUUUGUGAUCGAAUGCGACAAGUGGAACCAAUUAAUUUUAAGCGCGCUUCCCGUCAUGAACGCACCUUUUAACAAAGGAAAAGCAACGUGUUUGCAUUUAAUAAAGAAACCGACAAUUGCCUAGGUACAAGCUUGUUAUUAACACGAGAAGAAAUCGAUCUUUUGGGAAUCUUCGGAAAUUAUAUGCGAUUCUUUUAGAACUUUUUUCCAUCAGUAUUAAACGUCUUGCCUUUCUACUCAACACAACGAAAAAGCUUGUACUCAAGGCGCGUAGAGAACUCUAUUUAAUACAAAUAAGUCGUAAGGUGUACCCCAGAGCGGAAAAUGCGUAAUCGAUUUUUCAAUCAACUUUUACGUCGACUAACGUAAUUUCUACAUUGGUGGUUGGAGAAGUCGAGAGUGAUUUUUAUGGAUCAUUACUGGGGCGAGAGCAAUUUUUCAGGGUAACACAUCGCGAAUUUUACGUUCACGAUGAAAAACGUACAAUUUGCGAGUGCCAAUCUGAUUUCGUCAUCAAGAUAUUAGCUUUCUUCCUUCUUUUCUCUUCUUUUUUUUAUAAUAGCUGUAUUGUCGUUUAGAUAUCUGCGCGUAUAUUACAAAAAAUGUUAUAUUACAGUAAGGCUACAGCGUAAUUCUUAAGUGUCGAUAGAUUUCUACAAUUGUAAUUUAAAAUGUAAUUUAAAUAAACAAUUUGACGGUAAA